GUUUGAACUUUGCCGGCAGCGCAGCUUGACCGCUUCAACACAUCGCUCAGACGAAGUUAUCCCGAGUUGUCAAUAUUAUCUGAAUAUCUGGCUUUGCAAUUGGAUAACUUUAUGGACCGAUGGUCCUCCUCGAGAUACAUCAUAACUACGGAACUCUUCCCUCGAGCGAGUCAACGGAAAAUGUCAGCGAGGACGUCGACGUUAUUCUAGAAUCAUUACUAGGAGAUAAGAAGGGCAUCACACUUGACACACCGCAUGGAGGCUCCUUAGUAGUUCAUGGAGGUGGUCAUACCUAUAACUAUUCAUACGGAAAAAGCGGAAUUCCAGGUCUAGUUCACAAUCGCUAUGCUGUUGCGUGCGCAGCGUUUGCUGGUAUUGGCGGUAUUUCAUUCGGGUACGACCAAGGCGUCAUCUCCAAUGUCCUCGUCAUGAAAGACUUUCUGGCUCGAUGGCCAAUCGGUCCAUGGGAGAAGGGAUUGAUGACUGCUGUCCUCGAACUUGGCGCAUUGUUUGGUGCCAUUACGAGCGGAAUUUUGGCAGACAAGUAUUCUAGACGUCAUUCCAUCUUCUUUGCGUCCAUUAUUUUCUGCAUUGGCUCAGGGCUGCAAUGCGGGGCGCAGUCGUUGAACGAUCUUAUUAUUGGGCGAGCAAUUGGUGGCUUCGGAGUUGGGGCCCUGAGCAUGCUUUCGCCGCUUUAUAUGGCCGAGAUUAGUCCCCCAGAGCUCCGCGGCUCACUCAUGGCGCUUGAGCAACUCGCUAUCGUCCUUGGAGUUGUACUUGGUUUUUGGACAGGUUUUCUUACAAGAAACAUUCCCGGAUCUGCUUCAUGGAGAAUUCCACUAGCGUUCCAGUUCUUCCCAGGUAUCUCGCUUUGCCUUGGAUGCUUUGUUCUACCGGAAUCACCCCGAUUACUGGUGCUCCGUGGUCGUAUGGAUGACGCACGACAAACGUUAGCCAAACUCCGUUUGCGCACCCCUGAAGAAGCAAAGGAAGAUCCGUUGAUUCAGCUUGAGUUAUUAGAAAUGCAAAUUAGUGUUGCUCUCGUCCGACAGAUUUCAACAGACGGACUCUCACGCGAGGCAUGGACAACACUCUUUAGCCGCAAGUACGUUAGACAGACUUUUAUUGGCAUCAUGAUCAUGUUCUUUCAACAAUGGAGUGGCAUUAAUGCACUGCUCUAUUAUGGUCCUACUCUGGUUGAAAGCAUAGGGAUGCGCGGGGAUACCGUCACCCUACUCGUUUCAGGUGGAAUCGGAAUCGUACAAUUUCUCGCUGUUUUCCCGGCCAUUAUAUUUCUCGACCGGUGGGGUCGUAAACCCCUUCUCAAAGGCGGCAGCGCAAUUAUGGCGGUGUCGCAUUUCCUGAUCGCAAUCUUAAUUCACCUUUUCCAAGAUGACUGGGGAUCGAACACCAUGGCAGCUUGGGUGGCAGUGUUUUGCACGUACACAUUUACUGCAGCCUACGGCAUGUCCCUUGGACCUAUUGGUUGGGUUCUUCCCAGUGAGGUAUUCCCUCUUUCUAUGCGAAGCAAGGGGGUAUCCCUAUCAACCGCUUCGAACUGGAUCAACAAUUUCUUGAUUGGCCUGAUCACGCCACCACUGAUGGAGAUGUCCGCUGCCGCAACCUUUAUGAUAUUCGCGUGUGCCUGUUUCGGGGCCUAUCUGUGGUCUAAUUAUGUUGUGCCAGAGACGGCGGGAGUUUCUCUCGAAGAAAUGGAUGCAGUCUUUGGUUCUGCAGCAGGUCAGGAAGACCGCAAACGGAAAUUCGAGCUGGAACGCGAGCUUGGCCUGCAUGCUCUAAUUAAGAGUCUCGUCGCUUCGGACGCACCAGGUCAAGAGUAAAACGUCAACUCCAAUGCAUUCAACAAGAUAUGGUAUCUACGUAUCUAGAUUUACCAUGUUACCAUGUCAUCUAGCUACGAUGUGUACAGUA